UCCACCUCCUUAGAGUUUUACACGCACUCUUAAUCCUCCAACUACUACGCCCUGAAAAUUACUUUAAAAACUGCUAAUUAAUCUUCAUGAUUAAUUACUGUAAAUAAACUUAAAACUGGAGAAGGUGGUUAAGAUAUAUAUGUGCUAAGCAAAGUCCCCUUUUGAGGUCUAACACUUUAUUUUUAGCUACGGAUAAAGAUGGCCGAGGGACUCAGCAUUCAAAAGAUGGUGAAAACCACUCCUUCAAAAGCUCUGGUUAUUAGAAUCAACUUGAUUUUUCUUGCUUUCUUUCUUGUUAUUUAUGCUGCUCUUCUUCUCCGUCCUUCUUCUUCGGUCUAUUUUGAUAAUGCAGCUUCACUCGUUAGGUGCUCAUUGCGCGAAUGCCAUCAUCCCAAGGUAAGGUGGAAAAUGGUGUCAAAAUGAAAGCAGUUCUGGAAAAGGCACAAACUGAUACACCAAAGCCAAAAGGAAAUAUGACAAGGAUUGAGGUGCCAAGCUUUAUGAAUAAAAUGGGAAGAGGAAUGAAAAUUGGAAUGGUAAAUUUUGAUGAAAAUGAUGUUAGUGAUUGGAAAAUACACGGAGAGACUAUAACUAUCCAAUUUGAAAAAGUAUCCGAAUAUUUUAAAUGGGAAGAUUUGUUUCCUGAAUGGAUAGAUGAAGAAGAAGAACUUGAAGGAACAUCAUGUCCAGAGAUACCAAUGCCAGAUUUUAAAGCUUUUAGUGAUAUGGACGUAAUAGUUGCAAAAUUGCCAUGCAAGUAUCCUCAAGAAUUGUGGAAUAGAGAGGUGCUGAGGCUUCAAGUACAUCUUGUCGCAGCAAAUUUGGCAGUGAAAAACGGGAGAAGGGGUUGGAAUAGGAAGACAAAAGUGGUGUUUUGGAGUAAAUGCCGGCCAAUGUUGGAGCUGUUCCGAUGUAAUGACUUGGUGAGACAAGAAGGUGAUUGGUGGUUCUAUGAGCCAGAGAUGUCAAAGCUUGAGCAGAAGGUUUCAUUGCCUGUUGGGUCUUGCAAGCUGGCUAUGCCUUUGUGGGCUCAAGGUAUUGACAAAGUCUAUGACCUCUCAAAGAUCAAAAGCACGACAAUAAAACCCAAAAGAGAGGCCUACGCUACAGUCCUCCAUUCCUCCGAAUCCUACGUCUGUGGCGCCAUAGCCCUUGCUCAAAGCCUCCGCCAAUCCGGCACCAAGCGCGACCUUAUCCUUCUCUUGGAUAAAUCAAUCUCCGUGCCCAAGCGCGAGGCUCUUGCUGCAGCCGGGUGGAAGAUCCGAAUCAUUAAAAGAAUCCGAAACCCGCGAGCUGAAAAACACUCUUACAACGAAUACAACUAUAGCAAGUUCAGGUUAUGGCAGCUAACAGAUUACGACAAAAUCAUUUUCAUAGAUGCAGACAUUAUAGUUUUACGUAAUCUCGACAUUCUCUUUCACUUUCCUCAAAUGUCCGCUACAGGCAACGAUAUUUGGAUCUUUAAUUCUGGGAUUAUGGUUAUAGAGCCAUCAAAUUGCACAUUUAAAUUAUUAAUGGACAGACGUAAAGAUAUUAUUUCAUAUAACGGAGGUGAUCAAGGGUUUCUUAAUGAAGUUUUUGUUUGGUGGCAUAGAUUACCAAGAAGAGUAAAUUUUUUAAAGAAUUUCUGGGCUAAUACUACGCUGGAAGCAAGUGUAAAAAAUGAGCUAUUUGGAGCAGACCCACCAAAAGUUUAUUCAAUACAUUAUUUAGGGUUAAAGCCAUGGAAUUGUUACAGAGAUUAUGAUUGUAAUUGGAAUAUUGGAGAUCAAAGGGUUUAUGCAAGUGAUGUUGCGCAUAAAAGAUGGUGGAAAUUUCACGAUGGAAUGGACGAGAAGUUGCAGAAAUUUUGUGGGUUAACGAAGCAGAGAAGAAUAGAGUUGGACUGGGAUAGAAAGAUGGCUAGAAAAAUGGGAUUCAGCGAUGAGCAUUGGAAAAUAAACAUUACAGAUUCUCGACGUAAACAUUUGAUCGUGUAGAUAAAUUGUAACAAGAUUUUUUAUUGUUCUUUUACUAUUUUUAACUUUUUACCUAAUUUUGUAUUUGUAUAGAGAGCUAUUAUUACUAUAUAUGGAAUGUUUCUCCAUGUAAGUUAUAUGUGAAUAGGUUUCAGUAGAUAUAUAUGAUAUGGAGUACUUUCUCUAGCUAA